AAAAUUAAAAACUUAAAAAUUCGAAAAAAAAUGAAGUCUUAAUUUAUGUAUCUUCGCGUCAAUAACUAUAGCAACAAUACCGUCAACAAAGGAAGUGAGAAGGAAAAAUAAAUGCGAUUGGAGAUUUCUUUUAGCAAGUCCAAGAUUGAGAUGAGCCUAGGGCUUGUCUUACGUUUGUAAUAGCCGCAGUCAACGUUUAUAUUAUACACGCAGGUUGUAUUGAUGAGCCGAACAUGCGGUUAACUCAAGUCAGAUUCAACUUAUCCACGUUUAUGCAGACGGUGGUGGGUAAGAUGAAGGUCACCAACUUUCACUUGACGGACAAGCCUGUCUUGACGGCUAGGUGCACGCUGCCUGGCUUCAGUUUCACGUACUUAGACCGACAUGGUAACUACAGAAUGGACGAUCUGACCAAGUACGGCAUCUUAGCACGACACCACCUAGUCAACCGGCCCUUCAACAACAAAACCUUCAUGGAUUAUAACGAGGCUACACGCAGCGGCCUAGUCUUCACCUCUUCCAUCCACAUAGACAUCUCCCCGGACCUCCACAAUCGUGACGUGGACAAGUCCACCAUUGACGCUGCCGUCCAGCACGGCUAUGUCGGGAACUCGUCGGAGACUUCAAGGUUCCUGCUUUUCCUGCCCGGAGACACCAAGAACCCCUUGUACCAGGCUGAGACUGGAUGCAUCCUGGUCGACCCCGCGACCAGAAAACCGAAACCCUUCCCUAACUGGUUCAAGGAGAAGUACAGAAAGGGUGGGUUCACGGACAAGCCGUUGAUACUGAAACCGUUCGAGAGGCCCCCUGUUACGUUCAUAAACAAAAUAAAGACCAUGUGGCUAGAGACAGACGCCAACAACCACGUUGCCUUCCCAGCAUUCAUAGCCUACUCCACCAACGCGAUUCACGCGGCCAUCAAGGAUAAGAAGACCGCGGCCAUGCGCGGGCUUACGGAGGAGAUCAUCUUGAACGGGCUGAAGAACUUGCAGAUCGUCAACUUUCAGGAAUGCCUCGAAGGCGACCACCUGGAUAUCCACGUCUGGCAGGACGCCGCUGAUAAGCACGUGGUCUAUUGCUCCGCGGAGAAGGGCUCCAAAAAAAUUGCCCAGAUUAAAUUCUCGUACUACGACACCUGCCAACAUGACAAAAAGUAUUUCAAACUGUCGUAAACGGUCAUUACCUAUCUGCAAAAAUAUGACGAGUACUGUUUUAUCAGAUAUUGUCAAAUUCAAAGACCUUUGUUAUAAGAUAGAGAAACAUAGCCGUAUUGCAAAUAUAUUAGUAAUAAGUUUGAAAACAAACUCGGUUACUUUACCAUGUGGUGUAUUUUACACACACGUUUUUUAAGUAUUAAAAUAGUUUUAU